AAAACAAUCAGCAUCCGGCUGUAUCCCAUUUGAUCGAAUCGAAUCCACGCAUACCACACACCAUGUACGCCUCGAGGGUUACCCCCGUGCAACGAAUGCGGACCCACAGCUCCACAGCAAUUGAUACCACUACAAACAGUUACAGUGGCUAUCGAAGGAGUUCUUCCAUGUCUACAGCAAUAUCGCCAACCAUGUCGACAUCGACAGCGCCAUGCAUGUCUCCUACAGCAUCUUCAGUCUCGCGAACUGCCCUGGACGCAGCUGCUUCGGCCUCUAGUGCUUCUCGUAGGAGUAGUCGAAGCGAUGGUGCGGGCAACAGAACGAACACAAGCAGCGUGAACAACACAAAUAGCAGAAACAGCAACAUGAAUGGAGACUACCAUGUCUUGAAACAUCAUGUCGAGUUGGCCCGAAGCAAGGUCCACGCAGAACGGGUUGACCUGGCGGAGAAACUGGACGAACUAGGAGAACACCAUGUCCGGAGAAACGAAUACGAGGAAGCGAUGGAUGCCUUCACAGAAGCUUUAAGGGAGAAACGGUCUGUCUUUUGGAACAUUGGUAACUGCAACGUGAGGAACCUUCCGAACUCGAACACUACUGCUUAUUUGUCUUCUUCUGGUCACCCGACUAGUCCCAGGCGAAAAGGCAAACACAAAAAUAGUAAUAGCAAUUCCCAGGACGAUCACACAUCAGACAAUGCCAGUGCUUUCAGUUCUUCAUUGUUGAGUGGAAUUAGCACAAAUUACGGAGGUAGUAUGAAUACUGUUGGCGAGAGAGACAAUCGAAAUGAUGACGAGGAGGAGGAAGAAGACUACGAUCACAACAAAUCCUGCGGUGAGAACAGAAGAAACACCGAUACAGACUAUGCCGAACACAUUAGGGUACAUGAUGCAACGAUUGACGCCUUGGUCCAAACCUUGCGAAACAUCGGCAACGUCCAUUCGCUACGGGGGGAACAGGACGAAGCAAUGAGGUACUUUACCGAGGUUACCACCCUCCGGGCACAGAAGCUAUCGAAUGAAUCCUUGUACGAAUCCAACUGCCAGGAUGCAGACGACGCCUCGGUCGAGACUCGCUCCUUCCUCUCUGGGCUGGGGGGACAUUCGGCCAUUUCUACGGAACAAAACAAUUCCUCUGUGGGAGAUAGUGCAAGCGCGUUUAGUUUUAGUGCAUUUGGUAGUACAAACAGCGCUGCGGCUACGACAAACGCCACGGAAGAGGUUUUUAAAGGAACAGGAACAACCGGUACUGGCACCGCGACAAGAACAUCUAAUACUGCUAAUAACAGUGGGGAGGAGAAUCCGGCGCUCAUGUCGGAAAUCAAUGAGGACGUUAGAGCACUGGACGAUCUCUUUCGAAGCAUUUCCUUUCGACAGGGAACUGCAGCGACUCUCCCACAGGGAUUGAUGUUAGCACCGGGAGCUGUGGCCUCUGAGAAACGCAAAUCCAGGUCGUCUUCGAGAAAAAGUAAGAAACAUAAGCGCGGAAAAAGUCAAACGAACAACAACAUAGUUGUGAAUACCAGUAGCACAAGUGGUGCAACAGAAGCAGCUCUCUUUGUGCGCGAGGGUGCAACUGCUGCUCCAACGGUGACGGCCCAGACCGGCCCAGCAUCACCAUCAUCGGCAUCAAACAGUGGUGGCAACCUCUUUUUGUUCGCAAUGGGACCUGUUUCAAACGGCAGUAGUGAGGCAAGCCAAGCACUCAACAAGUAUCGAUCUACUCUAGAUUUGUUCAUCCAAGAGGACCUUGACUCUUCCAAACUCCGACCACAUCAGGAAAAAAUGAAUUCAUUUGCCCUACGUAUUGACCUCCAGCAAACUGACGAUUGCCUGCCCUCGUCGUCCAAGCAAAAAACUAACAACCCCUCCGAAACCAGAGGGGAUCUCGAAUUGGCACUAGAGAUUUAUCGCCAAGUUCUCACUGCCUGCAAGGAAGUAUCCAAUUUGUCGCCUUCAACCCACAAAGACUUAAAUAAGCAGAUAUCGAUGCCGUUGCAGACAUCCUCCUCGGGAUCAUCUUGUUCUUCCAAAAAGCAGCAGCAGCAUCAUCAGCAGCAAGGACUAGAUCAAAUGCACGGAGGAGGCAAUGCAACAAAAAAUUCCGCUUCCCAAUCUAUACUCUCAAUGUGCUCUGCCGAAUCAUCUGCCUCGUCGUCGGUGUUCUCCUCCGAAUCAUUUUCUUCCGAAUCUUCUGCCUUGGCGGAAACAGGCAACAACUAUCGGCAACGAAGAAGACAAUCCAAGAGGGAACGCCGUCAACAGCUUGCCGCAAACAUUGCUUCUGUUUUGAUCUGCAUGGGAAGUGUUUACUAUCGAUUAGGAAACCGCAACGAAGAGCUCGAGGCCUACAAGCGUGCCAAGAGUGUCUACUCCAAAGCGUUUGGAGAGGACCAUGUCUUUGUUGCCGGAACCCGCAAAAAUAUUGGCAUGGUCUUAGCAGAGAGAGGCCAAUACGGUUUGGCACAAAAACAAUUUGAAAAGGCUAUGUCCAUCUACGUCAAAGCGAGCAAUAUGAGGCACGAGCAACUGAAGCUAGAGGAGAAAAAUCUACAUGAAGAAGUGACAGCAGGGACGAGAAGUAGCAGCAAUGAUGUAGAUUCCCAGAAGAAUAGCUACAGCUACGACGCUAGCAUGAACCGAGAUGUAGCUUCCGUAAUUUCUUGUAUCGGAAACGUCAAGAAUCGGGUAGGAGAACUCAAUGCAGCCUUGACGAAAUAUCUCCAAGCACUCCAAAUAUACAAGUCUAUUUAUGAGCGACACGAACGCAGCGCAAAUAAUGGUGACAAGUACAGUGAUCACGAACACAUCGAAGCACUCAGAGACUUUACCGCAACCCUCAAGGUCAUUGGAAUGGUACACGCAAAACGAGGAAGUCUCGACACCGCCAUGCAAUUCUUCGAGGAGGCCAUGACUCUGUUGACAGCAUACGAAGAAAAGGCCGAUAGGUCGACGAAAGACGGAGAUAGUAAUGGGUGCACCGAUGCUGGCAAAUGCGGGAAGAACGAUGAUAAAAGCAGCACUGCCAAUCUCAACAAGAAUAGCGCAAAUAAUAUGUUGGCGAUUAGCGAAACCAAGGCAUCUAUUUUGACACGAAUAGCAAGUAUUUAUCUCAAAAAGGGAGCAUUAGACGAUGCCAUGGUAUCAUAUCGCCGAGCAUACGAUCUAACAGUACAGAACCGCGGCAACACCACCAACCAUCCUGAAAUUGCCGGCAUUCUUCAUUACAUUGGUGGAAUCUACCACAAGAGGGGGUAAGCCGAAUGGAGCGUCCAGUGGUAAUCUUGCGCUAUGUGAGUACAUUCUUUGCUUGUUUGGUAACUGUUUCCUAACUUGCUCCUUUUUAUAUUUGUUAAUAUUUCAUCGGAUGCUGUUACACCGGGCUUUCAAUUUGAACUGAUAAAAGUGAAUAUGAGGAAGCAAUGUCGUGCUAUCAAGAAUCAAUCCGAAUCUAUCAUACUACUCUCGGAAGCGACCACCCCACUGUUGCUGGUACCCUAGUGAUGGUCGGAAGCAUUCAUUACAAGAGACGGCACUUAGAUAGUGCAAUGAUGUUCUAUCGGGAAGCUCUUCGAUUAAAUCGAGAUGCAUACGGGAUACAUCACCCGGAUGUUGCUCCAAUUCUGAAGAGCAUCGGGACAAUCCUGACGAAGAAAGGGGAAUACCACGAGGCCUAUGAUCUAUUUCGGGACGUCCUAAGUGUCAAGGUCACAGUCCACGGAACAGAUCACCCGGAAGUCGCAUCUGCCUACAAGUCACUAGGUAAUGUCCACUAUAAACUUGGCGAACUUGGAGAUGCCGAACGACAAUACAGACACGCUCUUUCCAUCUAUCGAAAAUCAAAGGGAGAUGAUCAUCCCGAUACGAUCGGUGCUAAAACCACUAUUGAACACUUGCGGUAUUGGAUGAGAGAAAGAGAUCAACAAAAAUUGCAGCAACAGCAAAGAGAUCAGAGAUGAUUUCUGAGUGCCGGCCAGCCUGUGACAACUCUUGCGCCGCAAAAAAAAGCUACACUAUGA